AGAGAACAAAACGCGCAUGCGCGUACGUUGCCUCGGUAUCCAGCUUGUAACCAUGUGACGAAAGCGCGUCCAGCUGCGCUUCUCGGUGGCUAGGCAGUACGCUCCCCGUUUCCCCGUGCCUCGCUCUCGCCAUGGCGGACGGCGAGCGCUCACCAUUACUAUCAGAUCUCGGCGAUGGAACAGCCGGUAGUGGAAUCAGCGGUACUUCCCCUGGACCAAGUCCGUUUUCGCAACCGAACAAACCGCAGAGUUUCCCACCAUUUCCAAGCCCAUCUCAACCCUCUGUGCUUUUGGGUGAGGAUCCUCCACCAUACUCACCGCUGACAUCACCUGAGAGUGGCAGUGCUCCUGUGAUCAGCUGCCGUGUGUGUCAGUCUCUUAUCAGUGUUGAGGGCAAGAUCCACCAGCACGUGGUCAAGUGUGGUGUGUGCAAUGAAGCUACACCCAUAAAGAAUGCUCCGGCUGGGAAGAAGUAUGUGCGCUGUCCCUGUAACUGUCUACUUAUCUGCAAGGUCACAUCUCAGCGCAUCGCCUGUCCACGUCCUUACUGUAAGAGAAUCAUUAAUUUGGGACCAGUGCACCCUGGGCCAGCUAGUCCAGAUCCACAGCCUACUGGGGCCCGAGUGUCAUGUGGCCACUGUAGUAACACCUUCUUGUGGACAGAGUUUACUGACAGGACACUAGCCCGGUGUCCUCACUGCAGAAAAGUCUCUUCAAUUGGUCAGACAUACCCAAGACGGCGGAGUCUGUGGUGUUUCCUCCUGUGCUUGCUGUUCAGCAUCUCAGCUGCUGGACUUAUUGCAGGGACGUGGUCUAAGGCACAAGUAUAUGGGGGGAUCUAUGCUGCUUGGGUGGCCAUGCUGAUACUGGUUGUGGUGACCCUGGUCAGAGCACUCUACUGGACCUGCCUACGGGUCAGCCAACCCCUGCAGAACUUCACAUAGAGAGGGGGGCCGGGGGUGGGGGGUGUAAUGUGGAAUGGUAAAGGGGAGAGAGAUUCAGGAAAAUAGUCAGACUGGUGGUAAAUAAUCUGAGGAAACUGCUGAUAAAUACAGUAAGGGAUGCAUCAAAGCAUUAAGCUGUGUAAAAGAAUGACUACUGUGAAAGAUAAUGGGAUGGUGAGCAGGGGCAGCUGGAUGACCGCAUUGAGCUAAAAAAAAGUUAUUUGUUUUAAGUAAAUAUUUAUUGAGCUGAAAAUAGGACCAGUGGCUUUACCAGUGACUGUGCAAACCUACUGACAACAAAUUCCUGUGGCCCUGAAUAUUUUAAUCUUGUACCUAACACACACACACACACACACACACACACACACAUAUAUGAACGACUCUGAAACUGUUUUAUCGAUGGUGGUAGGUUUAUUUGGCAUAGAUGAAACACUAUCUGAGAGACAAAUACCCUCACACACCUUUAAUCCAUGGACUGUGUUUGACUGCAUAACUGGAAAUUUGCCCCAACAUGAGCAACAGAGGUGUCGAGUAAAAUGUAGUCUUGACUAAUUAGUUGUUACUGUAAUAUGCGUAAGUGCAUUUGUAAUUGCUUUUGAUAUCAAUACAUCUGCAGUCCGAUGCAUCAAGAGGCCUGAAAAAGAGAUAGACAGACUGCUGUUUCAACACACCCAUCCAAAUCCACCAACAUUUUCAGUCUUAUGACAUUAUAAACAAAUACUUAAUCCUAAUCUGAGAUUAUAUAGGCAUAACUAUAUACUGCAAAAAAUCUGUUAGCAUUAAUCCAGAAAUCGCCAUAUAUUAUGAAAUUGUGUCGCCUAAUAAAUACCAUAAAUCAGUCAUUGAGAAUUCCGAGUAAAAAUCCUGUGAUGCUUUUUAAUUUGUAUUCACAUGCUUGGCAGACAUGGUGCAAAAAUUCAGUCACCAAUUUUUUGAUGCGCUUUCAGUACAAUUAACAGCAUAAUAUAGUCAGUAAGCAUGAUUGUCAUUACUGCUAAUUAAUGAAAAGAAUUGCUCACCUGCACAAAGAGGAUCUCUUUUACACAGUACAAAAAAAUCUCAUACAUGCUUAAAAAAAUCUUGUUUAAUGAUUCUGACAUAUCACACACAUUUCCAGUUUGUCUUCUUUUUAGUUUUCCUUAUUCAGUUUUUUAUUGUUUUAAAUUUUGGUUAGGGUAAAUACUUGCUAUUCUUUUAAUAAGAGGAUUUAACCGUUCCUUGAAACCUUUUUUUGAAAACACUACAGCAUUUGAAAAUUAGUGUUCAUGUACUAACCAUAUGAAGAAUUAUUGUAAUCUAUAUACCCACUCUGCCUGAUGAAGACUACAGAGCUGAAAGGUAUUCUCUUAUUUAUUAUCGGAAGGAUGAUGUGGAAGUCACCAUUACAUGACAUUUACAAUGUCAUUAACUUAAAUUUGCUACAGCUGUGGUCAUAUAAAAAUGUGCUAAUCACAUAUAUGUUUUUGUAUUUAACUGCUGUGUGUUGAAGCUCAGUUUAGGACUUCAGGCACCUCUUUUAUAUUUAUUUAUAUAUAUAUAUAUAUAUAUAUAUAUAUAUAUAUAUUUAUAAGAAUACUCCUUGAUUUGAUGAUGAGUGAUUUUGGUUUUAAUUAAUAUCCCCUGACUCAGUGGACCAUGAGUGCCUAAAUGAGGAUAAUAAAAAAUGCUUUGUGUAGGUAUCCCAAAUGUUCUUACCCAGUGUUUUUCACUCUCAGUCUAGCAUGUUUGAAGGAACUCUGUAGUAAACAGGCCGUUCUGAUUUGGUGGACUUUAUUUACAAUUUAUUGAGGAUAAAUGCACGAUUUCUGUGCUGUCCAUCGAUAACAAACAUCAGUUUUAAAGAAUUGGUUAAUUAUCCUCCAAAAAUGCAUGAUUAAGAGUGAUAACUGCUGUAAAUGGUGAAUACUUGUGAACAAGGUUAGCAUAAAAUCACUAAGAACCCAAUGAAGGUCAUAAAAAGGAGUGUGGUGCUGCAAGACUGGGUUCUGGGUUUAUGCUACUGAAAUGCAUAUUACUUUGUGAUUUGUGCUUUAGAUUUUUUUUACAAUGAUUAAAAAAUCAUUACAUUGUUACAAAUCAAUACAUUGUUCUUUAUUGAUAUAAAUGUCAGCGUUUUGUUUUUCUGCUUCACGUUUUCCAGCUCCAAAAUGAAAUGGCUAAUUAGAUUAAACAUUUCAGUGGUUUAUCCCCCAAACCAGGUACAGAGGUGCCUUGUGUCCUAAACUGUUUACUUUUAGCAUACAAGUACUGAUACCAAUCUUAUUUAUGCCAGGAGCAUUGAGACCAGAAUGAUGCUUUUCUCUGAGUUGGUUUGCAAACAAGUUUGUUACAAGGCAUGAAGACAAUAUAAAAAUAAGAAAACAGUC